AUGGCCUACGCACCUAAAAUGAGCCUCAAGAAAGCAGCAGCGCAAGGCGCGAUGAGUAUCGAGAAUAUCUUCGCACAUGAGGUGGGAUCUGGUCAUCGUGAUGUUGAAAUGCCAUCUGAGCUAUUCUCGAGACCAGCGACUUCCUCCGGUACCGCUCAUCGUCACGAACAGCAGGAAGCGGCUAUCGCACACCAGCGAUUGAGAUCGGAGUACGACGGUUCUGUUCGGGACGAACGUCAUGCUUUAACACCAAACGAAGUCCAUUCUCGUAUCAAGACCUUCCUGAUAGACAAUUUCGAAUUCAGGUCUGCAGCACAAGCUCAAGCCUUCGUUCGUAUCAUCUCCAGUAUUGAUGACGAGAAUAAAGCCUGGAGCGCGGAUAAAGCUCAGGCCUUUCUCGACAUGAUUGUCAAAUCUGAUGGUAUACUGCGGAUUGGAGACGUGUUCCGGUUCGAUCGAGUUGACACUGCGGUCGGUACCACUAGGACUAUUCUGUCGUUUCAAAACGGAUAUUUCCCAAUAUUGAAGUAUUUUGCGUCGAACCUGGUCUUGAGGAACACGCUGCAUAGGAACACCAACCGUCUUUAUGCCGUUCUUGACACCAACUACGACUCCGUCCAUUCCGUGAAUGAAAAUUCCAUUUCGAAACUUAUUGAAGCCAAAUCUUGGAAAGACCAAACGUCAGGCCAUGUGCAGCCUAUGCAAAUCGUUCUUGAUGGUGUGGUCGUCUUCAAGACGCUCUCAACCGUUCUACAUCAGUUUUUGAAUCGGUUCAAAAACGCAGUGCGCUCUCACCCAGGUGUUGCCAAACUCGUGAUAAAAUUAGUCGCUUGGUUCGAUAUCUGGACAUCCGAUGUUUCAGCGACCCCAUCUCGAUUCAUGGAUCCUAUAUGCGCGUUUCCGCAGAGCUCGCGUGACGUAACCAUACGCAACCUGCAAGAGGAUAUUCGCCGCUUGCAUGCCAUUGUUCAACGCAAAUCUGAAGCCGCUGGGGUGCUCCGACGCCCUGCAGUUAUGGGCACUCUCACGUUGAGGGAAAGGAGACAAGCAAUCUCGUUGCAGCUCGCUCAAACCCACGAUCUGCCGGGAGAUUUACACGACGAAGGGCCACGACACGCCAAUGAUCAUGUCAACAUUGGUGACAUCCGUAUUGUCCCUACUCAUGAAGAACUCCUAUGCUGCACUGCUCCAUACUUACCGGUUUUCCACCAAGAUGCGCCGCAUCAUCUACCUUCGAAUUCCAUGGACAAACACAUAGAUAUUCUUUUUCGACUAUCUCGCGAGGAAUUGACCGCGUUGAUCAGGUCCUCUCUUUUGGCUAUUCAUAGAGAUCUCACGGAAAUAUGGAAAAGAUCAAGCAGCCAAAAAGGAGGGACACAACUUGAAGAAUUGCUGUCCAGCGGUGGAGGAGCCUAUAGGACGCCUGCCCCUGAUUCCAUCUACUUCCAAGUGUACACUGGAGUACGCUUCUCGCCCGUUCGUGCUGAAAGACACGGCGUCACUGUCGGGUUGACUAUUGAUACUCCGGCACGUUGUGGAGCUCGAGAUCCAGAUGCAACCAGGCGCUACGAAUUCUGGGAAAGCAGCAAACGACUUCAAACUGGAUGUCUAGUCACGCUGGUUGUUGUUUCCAACGGUACUCUGAAAGUGUAUCUUGGGGUUGUCGCUUCAUACAGCGAAGAGAUUGCUGAAUCGUCAAGUGAAAAUCCAAACGAGGUUCAUGUCGGAGUAUCCUUCUUUGACUCGGAGGUCGAGUUGAUGGCCCUUCGACGCGAAAGCCUCUCAACGAAUAGAUCAACGUUUGCUAUUCUCAUCGAUAGUAACGUCAUGUAUGAAGCAACUCGGCACGUCCUUGAGAAGCUACAAACGACUGAGCCACUGGACAUCCCCUUCUCGCAGUAUAUUGCGAACAAUGGGUCACUGAGAGGUGUUGACCUGCGUCCUCCUAGAUAUGCAACUGCUCCGGGAUUUAAAUUUGAUCUCGACUGUCUCAAUUAUGACUCGGAGUUACGACACGAAGAAUCUAUCGAGUCUCUUGAUAUAACCCAAGCUGGAGCUAUCGAGCUGGCCCGCCAGCAGCUUUCCCGUUUGAGCAAGCUAGACCCUAGCCAAAUCGAUGCGCUUCUGAACACAUUGACUCGAGAAGUAUCUCUAAUACAAGGACCGCCUGGUACCGGUAAGAGCUUUACUGCCAAAGAGAUCCUGCGCGUCCUCUUCGCGAGUGGCAUCAAACCCAUCGUGCUGAUUUCAUUCACGAACCACGCGCUCGAUCACUUGUUAGCUUCUGUCCUGGACGCAGAAAUCACCCGCAAAAUAGUGCGGCUCGGCUCGCGAUCUUCGGAUCCGCGUGUUAUGGGGUUCACACUAAACAAUUUGGAGAACGUUGACGAUGAUAUCCUAAUCUUUGACAACUCUAUAAAUCGACAAUACGCCAUUAUGAAGACUCUCGAAGCGGAAUUGAAUGCAAUGAUUCCGGAAACUGCUCAGCCGCAAGGCCUCUCUUGGCAAGAGAUUGCAGAUUUUUUAGACUGCCAUUAUCCUGAACAUCACGAGAGUAUUUUGUAUCCUCCAUUCUGGAUCAGUGGACUUUUCAAUAGGGCUCUAGAAGACGAAAAGACCAAUGGCAAAUGGAUUACUGUCGGCCAAGAGAAGUCUGGCACUAGUUUAUCGCAUACUCUUUAUGGCUUCUGGCGCGAUGGUGGUGAUAUACAGUUUUUAAAGUCGGCUGAUUUGCAACUCCCAGACAUCUGGAAGUUGUUCACAUCUUUUGGGAAUGGCGAAAGUCUACCUACUCUGCCCACUUUAUCCCGCCCAACUGAAGAUCUCUUGCAAAUGAAUUCUGUGUGGUCGAUGUCGGUGGACGAAAGGGGCCGCCUAUCAAGGGAAUGGGAGCAGAGAAUCCAAACAAUGGCACACGCGUCAUUCAUAGAACGCUACGAGCAGCUUCGUGAAGACUACAGAGAGGCUUGCGAAAGCUACCGUGAUAUUGUAGAUGAGACUCGUCGCCGCCGUCUUUGCCAGGCAGACCUUAUUGGAUGCACCACCAGCGGUGCGGCCAAAUUGACGUCGCUAUUGAGCAGUAUUGCGCCCCGAGUAUUGAUGGUAGAAGAGGCAGGACAGGUCCUUGAGGCCCAUGUGCUUGCAUCUCUUGUUCCGUCAGUGGAACAUCUAAUCUGCAUCGGAGAUCCUAAACAGCUUCGUCCGACUCUCACAAAUUUUGCGCUUUCCAUGGACAGCGAAAGCGGAAAGCAGCUAUACAAAUUUGACAGGUCCAUGAUGGAGCGGCUGGCGGAUAAUGAACUGCCCAUGUCACAGAUCAAUGUACAGCGGAGGAUGCGACCCUCUAUUUCGCACAUUAUCAGGCAUAUUCUCUAUCCAAAGCUGGAGGACAACGAGCUUGUAUUCACUUACCCACCAGUAGUAGGCAUGCAGAAGGACGUGUUUUUCUUCGAUCAUACUCACAAAGAGAAUGAUUCCAAUGACUCUGUAUCCAAAUCCAACGACUUCGAGGUCAAAGUCGUUGUGGAUCUCGUUUUGUACCUCCUACAGCAAGGAGCUUAA